UGUGUUGCCUUACAGGAAGUAAAAUAAACAGAACAGUGUUGAGAAAGCUCCAACAGGUAUGGCAACAUGCUUCUGCUCUUCUCUGGCUUGUGCCUGUGCUCAAUUGUCAGUUGCCAAAGGUAUACGUCUGUGCCUGGCUCUCCCUAUAACAUCAGCACGGAUAACAAGGGGGUCCUAAAGGCGGUGCUUCACGGGGCCUAUUCAUUUAACAACCAGACCAAUGAUGCUUUUCUCUUCAAGCCAUCUGUAAUUGAGAAAGCAGAAAGACAGCUUGUGAAGGGGUUCAAAUACAUUCUGGAAGUAGACCUCUCACGGACUGUGUGCCUCAAAAAGGGGCACAAAGAAGCAGACCUGGCCAACUGCAAGUUCCAACCAGAUGGUUUGUUGCAGCAGACAUUCCACUGUGACUUUGAGGUUUGGACUAUGCCUUGGCUCCGCUUCAUGAAGACAACCUAUUUUGUUUGCAGUCCAUCUGACUGACCUUCCACUUCUUCAUGAAACCCAAUCCUUCCUCAUUUCAAUAUUCUGAGGAAAUUACUAAACUGGUUAGGUGCCUUUCGGUUAUUGUAUGUAGCUGUGUAAAUUAGACUUGAAAGGCCUGAAAAUCAUAUUGCUACUCAAGACAUGGAAAUUGCCAUUGUUUGACUAUACGUUAAAGGAGUAGUUCACUAUUUUACAACUUGAUGUUAGAUGGUUCCUCACCCUGAAAGUAGUCUACGGGCCAAGAUAAACUGUCAUCCAUGGUUCAGUUUUCUUUAAACAGCCACUACAAACUUCAGCUAAGUUUAUCCACUACAAGAUAACAAUCAAUGGAAGUGAUGGGGUCAUGUGAGCAUGUUUUUUUGUUUGUUGAACUGGCCAAAUCACCUUUAAGUAACAUCAGAACAAAUAUGGAGUUGAUUUGAAUUUGGACAUUUAAAAAAUCUUCCAUCACUUCAAUUGAUUGUUAGCUUGGGGUUGGUUAAGGUUAGCUGAAGUUUGUAAUGGCUGUUUAAAGAAAACGGAACCAUGGAUUACAGUUUCUCUUGUCCCAUAGACUACUUUCAGGGUGAGGAACCAUCUAACAUCAAGUUGUAAAAUAGUGAACUUUAACAUAUAGUCAAACAAUGGCAAUUUCCAUGUCUUGAGUAGCAAUGUGAUUUUCAGGCCUUUCAAGUCUAACUUACACAGCUACAACAACUGAUAGGCACGUAACCUUGUAUUUUAUCCUAUAAUAAUAUUGUAGACUGCUUUGACCCUUGCAAUUUAUAUACCGAAUUUUAAAUAAUCACGUUUUGGCCUGAGUUAGGGUCUGCAGACUCUAAUCAACAAGCUCUGAUAAAAAUAAAAAAAACUUAUGAACAAGGA